AUUUUUUCCAAUGGUGCGGUACAUGUUGUUUGUUACUUAUGAUUAUCUGGUGUUCCUUACACCGUUAAUAUGCACUCUUCUUGAAAAUUCGAUGUCAGGACAUAUUAAAUUGUACUGAAUGCACUUUCGUUUGUUGGUGAUACUGUACCAAGCUGGAGCUUUCUGUCUUAUAAACUAACCUUGACUCUGAAAUGUCGAGUCAUCAUUCGCUUAGUCCGCGGGAAAGCGCUAAUGACCAAACAUGUUUUGAUAUAAGACAUGGACAUUCACGUAAUUCCGAAAUUAUUGAAGACAAACCUCCUAGUCCUUUGUCACUUCAACAAGAUGGUGUCUUUUCUUCAGUUCAAAGCCCACCUUUUGGAAACGAUCAAUUAGAUUCUCCUUCUACUGAAAAUCUGUUUUUGAACUCACUUACUAACACAAAAAAUCAAACAUUAACUAGUCUGUCUGAAAUUAACUCCCUUAUAAUUGACCAAAAACACAAAAUUCCUUCUAUCUCAGAUGUACAGGAUCAUUAUAUGAAAAAUACAUUAGAAAAGGCAAACUCAGUCUCCGGUGAUAUCUCAAUUUCAAACUGCCCAAGUGUACUCCAAAGUUUUCAAAAGCCUAUAUACAGUCCACAUGAUAACAUUUUACAACAACCAACCACAGAUUCUAUCACUACCCCGAAAACCGGAAGCUCUAACCCUGUCUUUGCUUCGAAAACCAAAGAAGCCAAUUUGUCAUUAAUAGCUUCCAGGAAGAGUAUAAAAGAACUUUAUGGACAACCAAGUUGGUGGGGUGAUGGUGACAAUGAUUAUUCUUAUCCACAUACUUCAUCGUUUAGAAAUCAAGAAACUUUACAAUCUGUUGUUGCUUCACGUAAAUACAGUAUGCAAACAGACAUACAUUCAACAUUGAAUGACUAUUCGAAUCGACCUCCUGCUGAAGCAUUUAUUAUAGAUUUUAGUUCAUCAAAACCUCGUUUAGAAAAACCUGCAUCAUUAUCUGGUAGUCUUAGUCAAUGUAUACCAGCAAAACUUCGUCAAGGUUUAGAUGAACGUGAAAGAAAAAAAAAAGAAAAACAGUUAGAAGUUAAACAGCAACAACAGCAGCAACACCAACAACAACAGUCUACACAUGGAUCGACGAUGAAUAAAAAUGCAGUGACGACCACCACCACCACCACCAGCGUCGUAUCAACUACAAAAUCUCGUACUACAACAAUACAAACUAGAACAAGUAUGAAUGGUAUGCAAAAGACUAAUUCUCGUGGUGGAUCAUUUUCAGCUAAAACGUCUACAGUACGCACUUCCGCUGCUACUGCUACUGCUACUGCCGCCACCACUACUCCAAAAACCACUAGCAAUAACACUACCACUCCAUCUAGACGAUCAUCUAGUAUAACACCAAACAAAAAGCCUCAAGUUAAUGCGACAAAAUUACUGGAUAAACGAAUAACUAGUAAACCUGAUUCAUUAUUACGUACAGGACGUAUUGAUUCGAGAACAAAUCUUACUUCGAAUAGUACCACCAAUGUUUCAAGAACUAAUCUUACUACUGAUCAUUAUUGUUCCAGAGGAAGAUUGUCUUUGAAUCAAACAAGCACGAAAGAAUCUAUCCAAUCAAAUAGAACAAAUGUUCGACCUCCAUUUUCAGUUGGUGGACGUCGAAUAUCUGCUGGUGCUGCAUCAUUAACAAGUCAACGUACAGCACCUAGUCAAUUGAAUCCAUCGAAAGUUUCAUCAACAACACGUGGUUCAAUGCAACUGCCAACAGAUUCACGCGCGACUAAUCUACGCGGUGCGUUGUCUGCAACUAGACAAACAAUAUCUGCACAACGUCGUGGUGGUAGUAUCACUACUAACAAUCGCGGUUUUAUGACACCAACAACAAGUUCCGAUGCAAAACAAGUUAAAACAAAACAAUCGUCUAAUCAUUCCAUAUCAAAUGACAACACUCGUCGAUCUUAUCAAUCACCAUUAGGGAAUAGUAUUAAAAAACCAAUAACUAGUACAUUUUCACGUUAUUAUAAAACUAAUACUAGGCAAGAUCAUACAACACCACUGCCUAUGAAUCGUAACUUAUCCAAUCAUCCCCCUAUAGAUAAUAAAUCGCCAUUAUCCUCUUCAUUCCUAUCAGCAUCACCAUCACCUUCAGCAUCUCCAUCACGUAUUUCUGAUCAAACAGCCUCUCUAUUGGCUACUAUUCAAUCAUAUGAUGAUCCAAAAGCUUAUUUAUUCUAUCGAAUGUUUCAAGGUGUUGAACAAUUGAAAACAGCAACAAUGACGACUACUACUACUAUUAAUACUACUAAUACUAAUAUGACCACGACCACUACUACAACUGAUAGUAUAUUUCAAGCAUUCGGUUUACCAUCCUCUUCAUCUUCAAUGUUAUCAUUAGAUUGUCAAAAACAUUAUUCAUCAGAAUUUUCUAAAAUCAAUGAACAACGACAACAUCGACAACUGGCACAACCAUACCCGGAUCAAUUUUUAUGUGAUACUUUUGAAAUGGAUGAACAAUUAGCAAAUUUACAAGCGAAUAACAUGUUGGCGAAUACAUUUAUGGAACAACCACAGCAGCAACAAGUACCACAACAACCACCAUCUGUAUCGCCAUCAACUCAAAUCACUUUGAAUAGACAAAAUAAAUAUACUAAAGUACAUCUGUCAGCGGAUGAAGAAUCACAUUAUCAAGAACUUCCAUCUUAUCGUUCUAAUAUAACAACCAUUUCUCCAUCAAAUCAUAAAACCUUAUCAACAAAAUCUCCAGCCUAUUCUAACAAUGAUGAAAUUCAGUUAAAUCAAACACAAACUAUUGAACAAUCUUCAACGAAAUCAUCACAUCAUAAAAUUCCUUGUACAACAACAACGACACUUGAAGCUAAUGAUCCGACAAUCGACGCAACAAUGAAAUCGAUGAAUUUAUCUAUGUUCGUCAGUACUUCUAUUACUAGUCUAGCACCAAGUCAAACUGGAACAUAUGUAAUCGAAGGAGGUCAUGAUGGUACUGACAACGACAAUGAUGACGAUGAUGAUGUUGAUGAUGGCAAUGACGAGAUUCAUCAUAAAAAUACAAAACACCAACAAAUCUUACAACAUUCUGAUAAGCCGAAUAUGAAUUUAUCUAAAGAUAAUGAUUUCUCAUCAACAACACCUCGUGCAAGUCCUGUCAUAACAGAUGUUGCUAUGACAACAACAGAAGAAGAUAAAUUAUUCAAUCAGCAACAACAAUCUGUGAAACAUAUGUCAACAACUUAUCAACAAACCAAACAAUCAACACAGUAUACAAAAGCUCAAUCGACCGACGAAACUGGUUGUCUCCCAUUAUCGAUUACUAUGAAAUUACCAGAUAAUUCUUCGUCGUCAUCAUCAUCAUCAUCAUCAAACAAUCUAUUCACUACAUCUUCAUAUUCAAAUCAUCAUCAUCAUUAUCAUAAUAUUAAUGACAACAAUAAGAAAGUUAUGACAAAUGAAUUCGAUUUAAACAAUCAAAGUAUUGAACAUUUCAUUGUAGCACCGCAUCAUUUCAACAGUGAGAAUAAUCAUCAUGACAUGAAUAAUUAUUAUGAUAUAAAACGUAGAAAUUCUGAAAAUUCUACCAUUUCAAAAUAUUUAUUUCAUCCUAAUAAUACUACUAAUCAUAAUGAUAUGAUGAUACCACCAUUGACCAUGGCGAAUCAAUUAUUAUCAUUGAAUAUAUCUGAAUCUAUUGGUAAUGAUUGUCAUAUAACGAUUAGUCAACGAUGUCAAAAUAAUGAACCAUCAUUAUUAUUAGUGAAUAAUUAUGUGAAUUGUACAAAACUAAAUACUACUACUGCAACAACUACUACUUCUUCAUCAAUUCUAUUUCAUAAUUCUAAUAAAAUGAAUCAAUUGUUAACAAGAUUACAAUCUAUGCCUACUGCUUACAAUACUCGAUCUGGUCAAUCACGAAAUCUUAUUCGUACACAUUCAUAUAAUCGUGGAAAGACACGAUAUUAUUCACAUGGCUCAGCAUCUGUACCAGAUCCAGCAUCUCCUGUACGAUCAUCAUGGUCAUGUAAAUCAACUGGGACUGGUGAACAUCAUAGUUUAACAAAUCGAAUGGUUUAUAAAACAAUUCAUCGACAAUCGUCGAAUGAUCAAACAGAUUCUGGUUUUAUUGAAACUAGUCAUUUAAUGAAAUCCAUAAAUACAGAUCAAUUGUUAUCACCUAAUAGUUCCAGUUCAACAUACUUUGAAACAAAGAAAUCUGAUAGUACAACAAUAAAUUUAUCACAAUAUUGCAAUGAAGAUAUGAAUUAUAAAAAAUCCAAUGAAGUUGAUUCACGAACAUUUACACGUCGAAAAGUAUCUUAUUCUAAUGAUCAAAAUGAUCCACAGAAAUAUUUGACUAUAUUAGAUGCUGAAUCGUAUCAAAAUUGGGUCACACGAAUGUCUGAACUUGCUCAAGGUAUUAAUAGUUUGGCUAGAGAACCGUUAUUUCAAUCUAAUGAAAAUUUUUCCAAUGAAAUCCAUCCAAAACACUUAGAACCGAUCAAUAAUAAUCAUAAUCAUGAUAAUAAUAAAUUCUAUCCAACUAUAAAGCUAACCAAGAAUUUAUUACCAAUGCAUAAUGAUCCUUCACAGUCACUACCUCCAAUAUUACCAGAUAGUACAACAGAUACAAAUCUAUCAGAUAUGAUUGAAUGUUCAGCAUUCAGUAGUAGUAUACCAUCAGCAUUACCUCCUUAUUAUCGUUCAUUAGAAACGACAACAACCACUACGACCGCUACAACAGCAACAUCAUCGACAAAUCAUCCAAUUAUGCCUUCAACGAUGAUGUUGAACUUGAAUAAUGUGAAAAAUGAACAAUUUAUUGAUUUUAUUCUGUCACCAGAAUCCUCAUUACAUCAAUUGAAUGCCAAUAUUGAUUCAGUGAAUAGCUAUAAUCCGAAUGAAUCAGCUAUUUAUUCUUCAUUAAUGGUUGAUACCAUUCGAUAUUUAUCUAUUAAACUACGUCAAUUCUCUGAUAAAUUAGCCUAUCAAUUAAGUCAUAAUCAAAAACAAACUAGUGCCACUGGAAAUAAUACUACUGAAUUCAGUAGUCAUUAUUUGCCAUCAUCAACACAACAAAGUCAAGAUAAUGUACAAUCAUCAACAAAAUAUGCUUUACAUGAUACUUUCGAAAAUAUGAAAGCGAUUAAUCAACAACUUCAAGUGGUUGGUAAAUUAUUAUUUUCCAAUAAUGAAUUCAAUCAAAUCGAUUGUGCAACAAGUUGUGAAUAUUUACAUAAAUUAGGAAAAUUCAAUGAAGAAUUACAUCGUUUCAUACCAAUUGAACCAGCACAUGUUCAUCAUACUACUGAUACUAAUACUACUAAUAAACCUGUUCCAAGAUUCAUUGAUGUACAACCACAACAACAACAGCAGUUACAUCCUAUUGACAAUAAAUCUGCCCAAAUCAGUACUUAUCAUACCAUAAAUAUUACGCCUACAUCAUCAUCAUCUACUUCACAUACUCUCAGUUCGACGAUGUCGACAACGGCGACUACAACAACCACAACAACUGUUACUACUAAUAAUGAUCUGUUGAGCAAAACAUCACUAAAUGACAAUAAAUCAAAUAAAAUCAAUGAACAUCUAUUUGAUGAUGAAUAUUAUUGACCAAUCAAUUGAUCAAUCUCAUAGGAUGCGAAUAAUUCAAUGCUCUUGCAAAGAUUACGUAAUAAUCCCAUGUGUGUGCUUGCGUGUCUUAGUCUGUGCGUGUUUUAUACUGUCCCAUUAUUUUCCUUCUUUAUGUAAAAUCAACCAACCAAUCAACCGAUCAAUCAAUCAGUCCGGUGUGUGUGUCUGUGAUGUGCAAUAAUAUUAUGUGUUAAUCGGUAGAAAAAAAAUAUGAUCAAUUCAUUGAGUAUUAUUAUUACUGAUUAUUGAUUAUUGAUUAUUUGACUUGUUUUAUUUAAUUUAUUGAUUUGUGAUUUUCUUGUAGGUUGCCUUUCUUUUUCCCCGUCUCUCUUUAUUCUUUGCUUUAUAUAGUAUUUUUUUUCCCAAUGAGGAAAUUUAGUUGUUGAGUCGGAGUCAACAGCGACGACACAAAUUGUUCCAUUCAUUGAUGCGCGGCCCUUUCUCUUUAAAAAGAAUAUUAUUUACACACAGCACUUAUCCUAUUAUUUAUUUGUAUAAAAAAUUUCUUUUCAAUGUAAGCAUACUCCUCCUCUUCUCAUUCAUUGUACGCCGCCUUUCUAUGCCCCCUGACUCACCCCAUCCAUUUCAUCGUUGCAUGUUGGCCUUCUUUUUUUUUCUAUCGGAGAACGCCAUGUUGAUAUUUUUUAAUUUUUUUAGCUCGGUUACUGAUGGACAUUUUCAUUUAUUGAUUUAUUGAUCUAUUUACUAUCCUAUUUCUUCUUCUGACCAUGACAAUAAACACCGACAUGGUUGAUUUGAUGAAAUGGUGUGACAAUCAUUGAAAUCGAGAGAAAAAUAAUAACAACUACUACACUACUCGAGCUACACACUUAGUCAACUGGUCACUUACUUACUUAUGCACUUACUUACUUACUUACUACCUAGGAGGAAUUCUCCAAUCUAAAACGAAGUAUGUAUGGGUCUCACUCGCUCUCUCUCUCUCUCUCUCGCUAUCUGUUCAGUAUUGUUGUUCAAUAAGGAAUUAUGGACUAUAUAUAUAUAUAUAUAUAUAUAUGCAUAUUUCUUUUCAUCUCUCUCUCGCUUGCUCGCUCCUUUCUCAAAUUUCAACACAAUCAUCAAUAAAAUAGUAUUUCCAUUUUAAGUUUCAUUUGUGCCCGAGUGAAUUGAGUUGUUUGUCGGUUCUAGUACUGACGGUGACGGUGAAGAUGUGUCUUGGUGUCGGUGUUGUUGAUGUUGUUGUAGCAGUAGAUGUUCUUUCCCACCCUCAUGAUCUACCGACGAUGAUCCCAUUUAUUAUUGCGACACCAGUCGGAAAAUCAAUCAAUCAAUCAACCGAUCAUUAAUUAAUAUUAUAUAUCAAAGAAAAACUUGUUUAUUGUAUUGAACAAGAAAUUUUAAAUGAUGUUCACAGUGAUAAUGAAUUAUUUGGUUUAUAUUUUAUUAUUAUUUUAUUUUAUUUUUAUUUUAUACACUCUAAUUAUUAUUAUUAUUAUUAUUUAAGUUUCCUUUAAUUUGUUUAUGAUUAAUUAAACUGUGCGCUAAACAAAAAUUUGAACUGAUUUUCAUUUCACGCUUUAUUU